CGACUGAUGCACUGCUCUGAAACCUGGGCUUCUCUGCUUUCCGACCUUAACAUCUUACGAUCCCGCACUCAUUCCUCACCACCACUAAUCCCAUUUUUCCCCCUGGCCCGUCCAUCCUCGCCAGGCCAACUCGUGCUACAGCAACCGUCUUGCGGCCCAGAGAGGUCCAGCCACCUUACGAUCAUCCCUAUCCCGUUGGAUACGGAGCCCACCGUCCGUCCCGCGUGCACACCGUUGACGCUUACGCUGACGUUGACGCUGACGUUGAGCCCGACCUUGCACCUCGCACCUCGCACCGACCGACCGUGUCAGGAACGGCCCGGCCAGGCCCAGAGGUCGCCGGUUAGAGGCCUGCCCGCCCGCCCACGACCUCGCCCCGUUGAGUCGAGUCGAGUCGAGUUGAGUCGAGUCGAGCCGAGUCAAGAGGAUUGACGGCUCUAUUGCUCGGUUGAGCACAGCUCUGACACGACCUCAGACCUGCUCUGCGCCGAGCCCCCCCCCCCCCCCCAAAAAAAGUGCCAGCCAGGCACGGGCGCAGGCAAAGCCGCAGGCAGAGAAAGCCACAGGCAUCAGCACCACCACCCACCAGCAUCAUCACCACCGAGGUCCUCGGGCCCGAGCAGGAUCGUACUGGGCGCCCCCCGUAACCCACAAGAUAGUCAAUUGGGUUGGGUCGACCUUUGAAUGGAACUGGGGCGGUGAUUGAGAGGCCCACCGCAGAAGACCCUUUCUCCGAGCUGAGCUGAGGGGACAGACAGCAAAGCUCUGCCCCCUCCUUGCGCGAACGGACUCCCUCCUGCGACGCUGCGGCAUCGAAGCGAGGCGCCGAGCCACCCAUUCCCUAUUCCCAGUCUCCCGUGCGGCCCCUCCCUCCAUCCCACCGGGCCCCAUCUUACCCUGCCUGCCUGCCCUGCCCGUCUGCCCACCUAUCCUUUGGGUCUUGCCUGUCCUGUCACGCGUUCAUGUCGAACCACCUUUGCAUAGCUGGAACGGUCUAAGCAUAACCAUCCGUUCGGCCUGGCCCCGACGCCCUCCGUUUCGCCCAAAAUGGCAGAUCAACACCAAGAUCCCCAGCAGGUCUGGAAUGCUGGUCUCGACAACUUCGACUACCGGUCCAGCCAUCCCCACCCGGCCUCCUCAGCCUCCUCAGCCCCAACAUCUGCUGCACCCGCGUCCGCGCCCGCUCCCGCCCCCGGCACAGCUUCAGGAACCGCCCGGUCUGUUCCUCGAUCAACCUCAGCGUCGCCCUCCCAGUACUCCCUCACAAACAGUGCUGCCGCCGGCGGUCCCGUCCCCGACCCUGUCACCACCACAACUGCCCCCGACCCGGGCUACUCCGAGUUCGCCGCCUCAGCCGCCUGGGCUGACCCUAAUCAGUUCACACCUCCACUUGGUCCCAGCGACAGCGAACCCUUUGACGGUCUGAACCUGUUCCCGGACAACUGGAACGUCCCGACUGCCAGUUUCCCAGCACAAUCCCUCCAGUACCGCCCCAGGAUCGACGGCCUGCCCAGCUUCACGAACCCUCCGACCUUGCAGUUGCAGAACGGUGAACUCUUUGCCGCCUUCAUGAAUAGCGCAGCCGCCAACUCGGGCGAUUCCUCGUCCGCGCCGGGCCCCGUCGCGACCGGCAUGUCUACCCUGACGCCAGCCCAGGAGGAACAGCUCAGGAACAUCGCCAUGCCGCCCCAUCUGCAAUACCAGUCCCCAAAGAGCGAGCCCAGCCAAUUGAGCCCCCAGUCGAGCAACGGUGACGGCCACAAGGGCGGUUCCCCCGACCCGUCAAAGCCAGGCAGUCGAAAGCGCAAAUCCUCAGCCGACUUCGACGACUUGGAAGACGAUGACGACGACGAGAGCCAGCAGCCGGUCAAGAAGACCGCACACAACAUGAUUGAGAAGCGGUAUAGAACGAACUUGAACGACAAGAUUGCGGCAUUGCGAGACAGCGUCCCCAGUUUGCGAGUGCUGUCUAAGAGCGCGAGAGGGGAAGACACCACGGAGGAUAGGGAGGAGCUCCACGGCCUGACACCUGCGCACAAGCUAAACAAGGCUACGGUGUUGAGCAAGGCGACGGAGUACAUACGUCACCUUGAAAAGAGGAACAAUCGGCUGAACGACGAGAACAGUGCCAUGCAGCAAAGAAUCUCGGCGUUCGAAAAGUUGUUCAUGGCAAGCGCCAUGAACGGCACAAUGAGCCCGGUUCAGAACCAGAACUCGCCCAUGCAGUUUGGGCAGGACGCUUCUCAGUUCAUGAACACGCCCGUGGGAACCCCGAGAGGGCUGGAUCCACAAGGAAUGAUUCCGGUACCCGACGACAUGAAGCGCAUCAUCAGCCAGCAACUGGCAAAUGGACGUCCAUACCCCGUACCACAGCAACAGUUCCAGCAGAACCCUGCCAUCAUGCGACAGCAACAGAUCCAGCAGCAACAGCAAAUGCAGGCCAACCGUUGGCAGGGCGCCAGCCCCUACAUUGGAAAGUUCAUGGUCGGCUCACUCGCAGGACUCAUGAUACUCGAGGCCGCACGAGAGAACGAGCAGAGCAACGAGUCGCCCGAGGGCCGCGGGCUCUUUGCCAUCCCGCUGCAGCUUUUGGGCCCGCUGGUGGGAAGCUCGCACGUCAGCGUUGCCGGGUACUCGUUCUCCUUGCACCAGAUCAUCUCCACCAUCAAGUCCCUCUUACUACUUGGCGCCUUGCUCUGGGUCUUUGUUCCUUCCCUUUUCGCUCCCAGGCCACCGAAGACGGGCAAGUCGGCCCAGCUCAGCAACGCGAAUCUCAAGAAGGUACCAUCUCUCGCAUCGCCCAUCCACGUCCGGAGGCAGGCUUGGCUCACGGCUGUCCAAACUGUCUGGGUGCCUCGGCACAAUUUCUUCCUCGAGGCCGCUGCUCUGAUCUUGAAGACAAUGAAGCUCAGCUUGCGCAACAUGAUGGGCAUACAGGGCUACCAGAUGCUGACCGGGCUGACCGAGGAGCAAGAGACAGCCAGGGUCAAGGCCUGGACCAUCGCCCUGGACGCGCAGCUGGCCGGAGGAGACGUCGAGAUCAACAAGAGCCGCCUGACCUUGACACUACUCGCCGCCAAGACUCUGCCGGACACGCCUCUGCGACUGAUGCUAAAUGCUCUCCACAUCCGCGUUCUGCUCUGGCAGCUGGGCAAGCAGGGCCUGCAUAACGUCUUGGCUGCCAAACUGGCCCGGUCUAAGUGGAAUGAUGCGAGACAGCUGCACAGGCUCAACAACUCGCUCCGCCGGAACGAACCCGCUUCGUCAGACGACGAGCUCCCAGAGCAUCUGGCCGUACUUCUCGAGCAAGACUGCGACGAUGUUCUCAACGACGAUAUUGUGCAGCGCGCGAACAACCUCGCAUGGAACCGGCCGACAAUGCACAACGUCGACUUCGAUGUUGACGGGAUGAACGCCGUCGUGGAGGACCCGGCCGUCCGGUCCCCCAUGGACGCCGUUGCGGCCUGGUGGUCGAGCCUGAUGUUGCAACGAGUCUUGUCAGCCAGUCUCGCAGAGGUUGAUGGCGAGACCGCACAGGCCCAGGCCGCGGAUGACGAUCUCAACCUGGCAGUCAAGGUGGCACCCAUCGGCUCAAACGCCCAGGUGCGCGCUCUUGUCGCUAAAGCCGUGCUGGUCGAGGAGAAACGAGGGGCGCACAUCGCCACAUCCUUGAAGGCGAUGGGUCCGAGCCUGAAUCCAGAUAAGCACCCUCGAUACAGCCAGGGGGUACCGCCCUUGAUCGACUCACCCAUGUCGUUCAUCGUUCCCGACCCCGAUGUGCAGAUGGCACUGCGCUGCAGUAUGGCCAUUGCACACCUCGAGCGUUUUGCGACUCCUCCACACAGCGCACUUUCGAUCAUCGAUGGCAUCCUCCCGGGGUCGACCGAAGGCCUGUCGCUCCUGGGCUGCACGGCGGCUUUCCACCUGGUGGAGCGUCUGCACAACCACGCAGUGGCUGCAGAGGCAUGCGCCACAUCUCUUGAGCGCCUGGCGGGAACCCUGAGGAUAUGGAUCGGCAGCGAAGAAGGCGAUCGACCAGGGCUGGACCGUGAGCUCCGGCAGAAGCUGGUGGAGAGGUGUCUCAACGUUACCAAGAGCAUCGUCGGCAUGGCUGAAGAUCAAGGCUACGCAACGAUGAGCGAAUGCGACAGCGACGAUAGCAUGUGCGAUCCUGUCGAUUUGUGAUGUUCGAUUUUGCAAAACUGACACUCAGAUUUCUUUUGUUCAGCUUCGAUGUGUCCACGCGUGAUGGGUGGGUAUUCACUGUACAUAUACUGCAUUUAAGAUGGGGAUAUCACUCACUGGGGAAAGCAUGGACUAAACGGCUCACGUUGGGAGGCAAAACUGUUUGGCGAGCUUGGGUCUGCUCUCUGACGCCGGCCAUUGGCAGGCGGGUGUGAUACGGGGCUGGCUACCUGGGAGCUCUUAUCUGUGUUUCUUCUUCCGACAAAUACGUGCGUACGGUGUUCGAAAGCGGGGGCAAUGCCCAGACACGAGCGCUCGGUGUGCAAAACUUCAUUAUAUUAUAUGAAUAGUACCUGCUACAUAAUCUCCUACUUUGUUCUUCCCAUCACGUGAUGGCAGUCUGCUUUGGAUGUUUUUGAUAAAUAUUUGCCGACUCUCAUCAAAAUAGAGGGAGACUUGGCCCGGUACAAUAAACUCGGUUACGAACACGUCGCGAAGCACUUAUUUAGAAUGUGACAUUGCAAAAGUUGAUAUAGUGCUUGCAUUGCCUGUCAACAGGUAUGUAUGCAUAUGCGCAAUUUAAUGAAAGAUCGACAUGAACUGGACUAUUCAGUGCUUGCUGCUAUAUGGCCGAACACUAG